AUGACAUUCACCACAAGAGUUUAUAAUAACAUACAAUUUACCAGUAAUACUUUAACUUUGCUAUUUGUAUUGGUGUACUAUUCCUGGCUAGCAGUUCUCUUGCAUGUAUCUGGAGACAUUCAUCCAAAUCCUGGUCCAAUCUCAGCUACUUCCUCAGUCUCAUCCAUGACCUCUACUCCAUCGGAAAUUAAUCAUAUUCAAAAUCAUCUUUCUUUCGUACAUUUAAAUGUUCAGAGUAUUGAACAUAAACUCGAUAUCCUUUUUUCAGAACUCUGCGAUUUUGAUAUUCUUGCUUUCUCCGAAACUUGGCUAAAAAGUUCUAUAUCAACAGAAGACUUAUUACUUUCCUUGUAUCAUUCCCCUGAACGCAAAGAUCGCAUUGGGGAUGCUCACGGUGGUGUUAUUUUGUACAUUAAAGACAAUAUACACUAUAAACGUAGAAUAGAUCUAGAAUUAAACAGGUUAGAAUGUAUUUGGAUCGAGUUGAUUCUUUGUAACAAUCGUCAUAUUCUAUUUAGUAUUUUCUAUCGCCCGCCUAACUCAGAUGUCAUAUACAACAAUCUAAUUGAAGAUUCUAUUGGUCUAGCCAUUGACACUAAUAUACCUGACAUCAUCAUUACGGGUGAUUUCAAUCUAAAUGUAAACUGUUAUUCAUCUAACCGCAAAAUUACAUCCAUCACUCAACAGUUCAAUCUAGAACAACUAAUAGAUGAACCAACACAUUACACUGAACAUUCAAAUUCUUUGAUCGACCUUAUAUUAGUUUCAAACAAAAGCAAUGUUAUUCAUUCUGGUGUUGGUGAUCACUUUCUAGAACAAGAACUAAGGUAUCACGUUCCUAUAUUUGGUUUUCUGAAAUUCCGUAAACCGCGACAAAUGUGUUUUGAUCGCAUUGUUUGGGAAUAUGAACAUGCUGACUACGAAGCAUUACGUGAAGAUAUAAAUACCUUUACAUGGGAAAACUGCUUUGAUGCAGAUGUUAACAUAUACAUGAUAUAUGCGAAUAACGUAAUCAAUCAGAUACAAACAAUUGCUAAAAAUAACAUCCCUAACAAAUUGAUUAAAGUAAGACCAUUAGAUGUUCCAUGGAUGACAAACUCAAUCAGAGUUAAUAUCCGUAAACGAAAACGUCUGUAUAAAAAAGCUAGAAUGACAAAUUCACAAUAUUACUGGCAAAGAUUCAAAUCUAUUCGUAAUGAAACAAUAUUAUUGAUACGGGAAGCCAAGUCAAACUAUUUUUGUAAACUCUCUAAUAAAUUGAAAAAUGAAUCACUUUCGUCUAAAGACUGGUGGAAGACUCUGAAAUCUUUUAUUUCAUCAACAAAUAAUAGUAGCAUUCCACCACUGACAGACCCCUUAAACAGAAAUAUUGUUUACUCAAAUAACGAUAAGGCAAAUCUUCUAAAUAACUUCUUCGUAGAACAAAUGUCUAUUAACGAUGAGAACAGAGAUCCACCUUACCUUAGUUCACCACUUUCCUGUCUCAACGAUAUUGUGCUUAGCCCUCAUGAAGUAAAAGAUGUUCUUCUUUCGUUACAAGUUGACAAAGCAGUAGGUCCAGAUGGUAUAAGUAAUAGAAUUUUACGCGAGGCUUCUCAUGAACUAUCUUCCCCCUUGUGUGACUUAUUCAAUGCUUCUCUACGAUGUUGUGAAGUUCCAAUCACAUGGAAAGAGGCGAAUGUCACUGCAGUUCACAAAAAGGGCGAUACAUCUCUCCCAAAUAACUAUAGACCCAUAUCACUUUUGAACACUACAGAAAAAGUUUUUGAACGUCUUGUAUUUAAACACAUCUUUAACUUUCUCAAAGUAAAUAAUUUUCUGUCUACUGCUCAGUCUGGUUUUAUCCCGGGUGAUUCUACUGUUAAUCAGCUUGCCUUCAUUUAUGAUACCCUUUGUAGAUCACUUGACAAUGGCCUCGAAGUUCGUGUGGUUUUCUUUGAUAUCAGUAAAGCGUUUGACAAGUUGAACAUCCUAACACAGCAGCCACACUUCUUCAGUCUGACAUCCAAAAAAUCUCUUUAUGGGCAGAAAGGUGGUUAG